UGGGAGUUGGGCUAUUGCAGUUUGUGGGCGGGUACUCUUGCAUGCUGCUUUAUCUCAUCAUCUUCACAUCUGCAUGGACACUGCCUUUAAAGAGACACUAUGAACAUCCACACAAUAUAUACAACGACACAUGCCAUCCAGAAGACUUGAGCCUCUCCUGCCUGCACAAAAGCUCGAACCGCAGUGGACAUAAAAUGCGAAUUUACUGUCUCCGAGGAGCAAGUUGCCAAAUGGGUCGGAGUGCAAGCCGGUAGGGAGGAAAGUCAACUGACCGAAGACGCCACCAGUGUAGUCGACUAUAAGAUACAGAAUGAUAAGAAUUCGAACAAACAUGCUAUGUGCGUUGAUAAAAGCUAGAG